ACAAUUAUUACUCCCAAAGAUUCUCUGCUUCUGGUACCCAGUUUAAUCCUACAAGUGAAAUGGGCCCUCCUGGGCUAACCUAACAAAAAUCACCACCAUGAAGAACACUGUCAAAAGGAGGAAAGGUAAAUUGUCCACAUUUCAAAACUUUCAUAAGCAAGUCACUGAUCAUUGCAAGGAGGCCUAAGGUAUGCAGAAUACUGUACUUGUGCUAAAUGGAAUCCUGAAGAGAAUAAGUGGUCUGCUUGCUCUUCAGCCAAGUCAGGUGAAGACAGAACCAUGGACGGAGGACUCCAGUACAAACAAGACUGACAAACCUGCCAUGUGCACCACCAGCGGAGGUGACCUGGAGGACAUCCCCCUGGAAGACGAUGACUCCAACAGCAUAGAAUUCAAGAUCCUAGAAUUCUACGUCAAACACCAUGUCUUCAAGAGAAACUCAUCUGUCUUCUCGCCAAAGCUGCUGAGGACAAGGAGUCUAUCCCAGAAGGGGUUGGGGCGCUGGUCAUCAGGUGAAUCACGGGUGCCGGUGUCAGGACCUUGCCAAAAUUUCCAAUCCAGUGAGAAGUCCAUCCCCCUCGCCAAAAAGAAGUCUUCUUGGAGAACACUCUUCGGAGUGAUCGAGAAGGAGGAAGAUUCCCCGAGCGUGCCUACCGCCCAUUUCCAAGGCCCCAGCCCACAGCAGAAUCAGGGGGCCUCCAUCAGCCAGCAGUGGUUCAGGUCACAUUCUAAUGUGGAGCAGCGUGUGGACCACGAAGUUGUGGCCCCCGAAGUUGUUUCCAUUGCCAACCGAGUUGCUGAAAUUGUUUAUUCCUGGCCACCCACGGAAGAGCUCCAACCCCAGGGAUUCUCUGACUCCAAAGCGACCACACCACGGACUGUCAUCUUGGUGGGUCACCGGCCCAAAGCAGCCGGUGGUAAGAAAGAUGGAGAGGACCAGAUCCUAGCCAGAAUCGUUGAGGUGUUGAAAUAUUCAGGGGAUCACUUGGAAAGAGAGUUGAGGAAGGACAAGAGCUUGAUGAGCAAUUUCCAGGAGGGGCUGUCCUACCCUCUUUUCAAGGCCAUCACAGACAAGUUCCUCCAGGGUGUGGACACCAGGGGAGAGUCCGAGGUCAAAGCUCAGAGCUUCAAGGCUGCUCUUGCGAUAGAUGUCAUGGCCAAGCUCACUGCCAUCGACAACCACCCCAUGAACAGGGUGCUGGGCUUUGGAACCAAGUACCUGAAAGAGAACUUCUCGCCCUGGGUCCAGCAGCAUGGCGGAUGGGAAAAGGUACUCGGGCCAGCACAUGAAGUAGACUGAAACAUCAGAAGAUGAGUAACCUGGAAGAACGCUCCUUGUCCAGCUCUGGCCCUGUAUAUGUGGGCUUCAGCACAGGCUAUGGGAGAAAAUGAAAACGUACAAGGCAGAUGAGCACUUGGAGUUUUUAAAACCAUCAUUCCUGUGAAUCUGGUGGCAUCAGGCGAGACCGUGCUAGCCUCCACUCAUGAAUGUAGCUGCACAGCCCCUGGCAUCCAUUUCCCAGGUCCUCUUUUGAGUAUGCAGACAGACAAGUGGCAAUUUUCCUUUCAAAUGUUCGGAACAGAAACCAUCAUCCUGCCUCUGUUGGUCACUAUGUUAGGGAAAGUGUUACAGAUACUUGCUAAGUAUCUGUAGCAUCUUACAGACACCUGCUAAGGGGGAGGUGAUAAAUGGUGCAUGUGCUUACUCUUUGGUUUCUCUUUUUUUUU